AUGAAGUUGACGCCGAUUCCCAAAAAGAAAGGAGCAAGAGGCAACAAACACCUUGUACAAAAAGGCAAACGCCGCGGCGAUCCAGAAGCGGGCGCGGGUGAGACCCGCCCUUCAAAGCUCCAGAAGAAGCUCGCCGCCCGCCGUAGCGGCAUCGACCCCGACGGCUCCCGCAGCAGGAGGAAGAAGUCGCUGCGGGACCUGCCAGAGUGGUUCCUGGUCGACGUGUUCCUCACAGAGAGCAACUUUAGCUUCCCGCGCUGCAGCGGCUUCAUCGGCCGCAUCCUCUCCCACCCGUAUGUCUUCCGCCGCCUGAUAGCUGAGGCGUUUGCCCCGACCUGGGACAACUGGUUCGGCUGCGCUGCUGAGGAGGUCAUCAGCUACUCGAUGUCCGUCCCGCACCAGAUGGGUGUGCGUGACCUCGAGAGGUUCGGUGGCGAUCCUAAAUUGCAGACCAGCAUCCUCGAGCAAAAGUGGUUGACGACAGCCAGACUACUGCAAGCUCAGCAAGUGUGGCUCGCAACCGGCCGGCGACCACAGCCGGUCUUCUACCGUGUGCCGUCCCCCUUUCUGCAGGUUCGACUCCGCCGCAAGGCCCCAGGUAUUGGCCGGGAAGGCUUCAUCAGAGACGAAGACUUUCGAGUGCAGAGCCAGUUCGAUUUCGAGUUUGAAAAGGUCGUAGUCGCAGAGGAGGAGGACGUCCAGCGGCCUUAUCCAAAUAUGCUUGAGGUCCACCCCGAGACCUCGAUUCCUGACCGGCUGAUCACCGGCCCCUGGGUCGAGGAGGAUCUGAGACUGCUGUUCUGGCUGGGGAGGGCCGGCGCCACCAUGUCCGAGAACCAGUCCUGGGAACUCGUCGUCGAGGCGCUAGACCGCAUGAUUGCUCUGGCGAGGCUCAGCAAGCUCGGGUCGCCAGAUCACGAAGACACGCGUGCCAUGGUGGGCCGGAUCGUGAGACUCUUUGAGCUGUUUGAUAUAUGGACAAAGCUGCCGGCGCGGGAGUGGGCGGAGCUGGAGAAGACACCCAACCUCGGCUGGUUGAGCGACGUACUGCGCACAAAUUCAUCAAGACAGUCGGUUUAGGGCGAAGAGAUCAAGUGAUAUGACAGUAUGAUGACUAGGAGCCUGAUGAUGAAUAUUAUAUGAAUUAAUGGACUUGUACAAAGCAACAAAGUACAUAGGCUACAAGAGCCAGAUAGGCCAACUACAUAUCGGAGCAAAACGCAUGUACAUGG